UUUGGAUGCGGCUUCAAUCAGAGACAUUGGGCGAAGGCUUUUUCCUACCUGCAAGCAGCCGGCAUCUCCAUUGAAUUUGCAGGCCUGGACCCUGGAAUAUCAUUAUCGUCAUCUUGUGGUCUGGCAUUCAGGGCAUCCAGCUACCCCCAAAGAAGAAGCCACCUUCCCGGACGCCUGUCUAGCACAGUAGCAACCCCACGAGCCGUCAUCACCAGACAACCGGGCCACUCGCAGCAAAAACAAGCCCGCCAGCCUGGGCUAUCGCAACCUCAACACCAACCUGUGGCUGCUCUGCCAACCCCGCAACGCUCUUGGUCCGAUUGCUCUUGCUGUUGAGUUGCUCGCAGUCAUCAACGUCCCAAGUCCCAACCUUAUCCUGUCAGCCGACCAAGCGACCAAGCGAGUGCUCUGCUAUCGACCGCUAGCCGCAGCCAUAUAACCUCGACCAUCCCUACCGUCUCCCGGCCGCGACGACAACUCAUCAAAACAACUCGCUGCACCCCAGCUACAGCCACAGCAACACCAACCACCACCACUACCACCUGCUGCUGUGUCGGGGCUGAGGCACCCGCCGCCUGACAUCAUGCCGCCCAGCGCAACCGCCUCCGGGGCGGAUGCCUCCAACGGCUCAGCCCGCAACAGAGAACACGCCCAGGGCAACCAGGACCGCAAGUACACAGAGGAGCAGAAGGCGGCAGUACUGCGCAUCCGCCGGUGUAAAGGCACAGAUUUCUACGACAUCCUCGGCAUAGAAGCCGUGCGCAAGACCUGCUCCGAGGCCGACAUCAAGAAGGCCUACCGCAAGCAGUCCCUGCUGACCCACCCGGACAAGAACGGCCACGAGCACGCCGACGAGGCAUUCAAGAUGGUAUCGAGGGCCUUUAGCGUCCUCGGCGACAAGGAGAAGAGGGAGAGGUACGACAAGUUCGGCGGCGACCCGGACAGCAGGUUCAACCAGGCCCAGGCCCAGAACCCCUUCGCCGGGUUCGCGCAGAGGCAAGCCGCCGGGGGGAGGGGCAACAUGGGAGGCGGCAUGUGGGAGGACGAGCUGAGCCCGGAGGAGAUGUUCCAGCGGUUCUUCGGCGGUGGUGGUGGGUUUGGCGGUGGCGCCGGCGGCCCCUUUGGUGGUCCCCAGUUCGUCUUCAACUUUGGCGGGCCAGGCGUCAGGGUACAUCAGUUCGGCGGCGGGCGGCCGCGCCGGCGACCGCGCGAGAACGAGCAGCAGGCGCCCGAGAACAGCCUGUUCAACACGCUCAUGGGCCUCCUCCCGAUCAUCUUCCUGUUCCUGUUCCCGCUGCUGUCGUCGCUGUUCUCGGGCGGCGGCAGCACCCCCGCGGGCCCCGACAUCGUCUUCGACGCGCCCGACGCGCAGCACACCUACGAGCGCAUAACGCCCAAGCUCAAGGUCAAGUACUACGUCAACCCGGUGGAGAUCAAGGCCUACACCAAGUCCCAGAUGACGCGCAUGGACAGCAACGCCGAGGUGGUCCUGGUGCGGCACCUCCAGCACGAGUGCGAGAACGAGAUGCUGCACAAGCAGAGGUUGUACGAUGAGGCCCAGGGCUGGUUCGUGCAGGACCCGGAGAAGAUGGGCAUCGCCGAGAGGUUCCCCCAGCCGAGCUGCGCGAGGCUCAACAAGAUGGGCAUCAGGACGACGAGGUGACCUUGACUUUCCCCCCUUUCCCCCUUUUCUUCCCUCACUUUUCUUCUUCCCUAGCCAUAAAAAAUAUUGGAAUCAUGGGGGAGGGGCUGCGUGUACAGGAUAUGACGAAUAGACAAGGGGUGGAUUGUGGUUGCAUUUUUUUGGACUACGAGCCCUCCGACUGAUAAUGAUUCCUAUUUCUUGUAUUCUUGGACUGUUCUGGUCUCGUGCUGGCGUUGGGAGGGAGAGCAUCAUUCACAUAGCGGCUUGCUGGAGGCAGGGCAUUGGGUCCGACGUGUUUGCUGCCGUGCGCGCCGGCGGGCUACGUUUUCAAUACCAGACAUUAUCCGACCGCUCUAUCCAUUCCUACACAAAGCUGUGCCAGACACAGGAACGUACCCUUUGUCCUCGCGCGCGUCAAUCCCGGGGAGCGGCAACCUUGCCACUGUCGGCCGGCCACUCGCUUCCAAGGCAAGGUUCACUGGCCUUCAUAUGCCAGGUCAGCUGGUGACGGUCUACAGCUUGAUUCAUAAUAGAAGUUAGAGCACAGAAUGCAGUUUCCGGCAUUUCUUA